AAGACGCGUUCCAGGCACCAUACCUAGGGUGCCUUCAUGUCCCGCUUCGCUUGAAGGCACUCUAACCAUACCUGGGUACAGUGUACUGUACCUGUACGUCAGUUGCUGCGGUCGGAGUAUGAAACCGAUGAAACUGAGAGAACUACUCCGGACCACCUCGACGCGCUCCGCCACUUUCACGACUUCAAUAAAGGAGAACUCAAAAUAAUUCUACUUCAGAAGGUGGCGUCACAGACUUCAGCAUAAUAUUUAAAAUCAUUUUAUUAGUAAAAGUAGGUUUAUAAAUGAAAGCCACUAUUUUCACAAUUUACAGGAGUGACGUCACAGACGUCGCUGAUUGUUCUUCAAUGAGUCAUCUUCAAUCUAACAUCACUUGCGUCUGUGGUUGCGUCAUGCGUUUUGUGUUGCUUGAGUUGGUUGCGUGUUUUGAGCCGUUUGCAACGCGGGGUGAGAUGCGGAUAUCGCGGUGCCUGUGUCUAUCGGUGCUCAGCGUGGUUCCCUUCGUUUCCUGGCGGCGGCGGUAGUCGGGCACACGGCGCCACAGGCCGAGUUGCUAGCGCCGUGACCAUGGCCGACGAGGAGCGGGCGGCGUGGGGGGCAGGUAGCGAGCUCCCGGCCGACCUGCAGGCGCCCGACGGGCCCGAGGUGCUGGACCUGUCCCGGCAGGGGCUGGACGCCCCAACGGCGGACACCAACCUGGCGCUGCUGGACGACACGGCGCGCGUCCGCGUGGCCCGGCUGCAGCACAACCUGCUGGAGCGGCUGCCCGACCGCGUCGGGGCCCUGUCGCGGCUGCACACGCUGGACGUGAGUCACAACCGGCUCGGUGCGCUGCCCGAGGAGCUGGGUGCCCUGCCAGCACUACGGGUGCUUCUGGCCGCCGGCAACCGCCUGCGCUACCUGCCCAAGGCCCUGGCCGGGCUAGCGGACCUGGAGGUGGUCAACCUCAGCGGCAACAGCUUGGACGCCCUGCCACCGCCUCUGCUCGCGCUCGGCUCGCUCAGGGCCCUCUACCUGGGCGCCAACAGACUCGAGUGCGUCCCCGAGGACAUCGGCAAGCUGCAAAAGCUGGAGGUGCUGUACCUGGGCGGCAACCGGCUGCAGGAGCUGCCGGCGGGGCUGGGCUCCCUGGGGCAGCUGCAGAGCCUGGUCCUGAGCGGGAACCGCCUGGUGGCCCUCCCCCCCUCGCUGUCCUGCCUGCACCGGCUGCGCUCCCUGGCCCUGCACGACAACCUGCUCACCACCCUGCCCCCCUGCCUGGUGCGGCUGCAGAACCUCGUUGAGGUGGGUUUUCUCGGGGUCCUCGGGGCAGGUGCCAGCGCCCCUCCCCUCGCAGCUCAGCCUGCGGGGCAACCCCCUGGUGGUGCGCUUCGUGCGGGACCUGACCUACGAGCCGCCCCGGCUGCGGGAGUUGGCGGCGCGCUGCGUCAAGAUCCAUCGGCUGCCCUGCGGGGAGGGGGAGCUCCCCCCCGCUCUGCUGGCCUACCUCGACACCGCCCGGCGCUGCGUCAACCCUCGCUGCAAGGGGGUGUACUUCGAUGCCCGGGUGGAGCACAUCAAGUUUGUGGACUUCUGCGGCAAGUACCGGCUGCCGCUGCUCCAGUACCUCUGUUCGGCCCAGUGCAGCUCGCAGCUGGCCGGGUCCGGCUCCGAGUCCGAGGCGUCCGAUGAGGAGGGCGGCGUCGACCCGUCCCGGCUGCGCAGGGUGCUGCUCGGCUGAGGAGCUUCUGUACCCCCCGCGCCUGUUUGGGACGCCCUUGCGGCCUCAACUGCUUGGGUCCCACACACCCGUUUGUCCCUCCGUGCUCGCGUCUGGUAAAGCCCUUGUGAGAGCGAGUUACCACAAUUCUCUAUGCCACCGUCAUUCCUCUCGACGCAUUGAGAAUAGAGUUUGGUGUUAUCGGCGUAAAAUUUUUUUUUUUUCAUACUACUUUUUUUUUGGAUAUUUUAAUUUUUUUGGUGGGUAUGCUUACCACACUUUUUUUACUGUAAGGAUCUAGUAAGCAUAUGGUAAAUGAGCGGGUGUACUGGAUUUUUUAACGUUAACGGUGAUACCUGCGGACCUUCUUUGAGCGAAGGGCGCAUUAUCUUUUUAGAAGUGCCGGGUGACUUUCCAUAGUUCUAGCCAUUAAACAAAUGGCACUCUUUAGGAAGGUGUUGUCAUGGACAGUAUGCAACGGGGCCAUUUGGCAGGGUAUUCAGUUUAGCACCUUGAGCAGCACAGCUUGCUAGGUAUGUCCUAUUAUUACUAACCAUUUUUGGUAAACAUUGAAUUUUUUCAGUCGAUGCGACUAACCUGCGCAUAAGCCACUUCCUCAGCUUCCAGGGUUGUCCGGCAUAUGGCGUAAACUUUUAUGCGCUUGCAAACAAGGUAUUCUGACAAACGAAGCUGCGGGAUGUUCUCGGCAAUCCUAGAGUUGCGACGCAGUGGAAACGCGUCGCAACUCCAGGGUUUGUGCGAUCUGUCGGCGCUGGCAGCCAAGAUAGCGUCCCCAGGUCUUGAGCAUUGGGUUCUAUUCACAAUUCACCUGGCUCUUUUGCGACUGUCACGCUGGCAGGGAGUGCCACCGCACCUCUUCCUGUUCGGAAUGUCACUGAAAUCGCCGCUGCAUUCACUCGGGACACGUGCACUGUGCGAGUGUCCCAGAAAUGUGGUUUUCUACACAUUACACACACAGGUGACGCGAGUGUCCCAGAAAUCUGUAGUUUUCUCUGUGUGCGGCCCCAAACUUUUUUUUUUUUUGGAACUGCAGAAAGAAGUUUGCGCAGCAUCAAUGAGUACAACGAUGAUCGGCGCUUGAAGUGGACCCAUUGUCCGCAUUUGUGAACAGAAUAACGCUGCACAUAGAUUUCGUCUGGUGCACGACCACAGUGUGCACUAGGAUGACUGAAGACUGAUGUUUUGAAUUUUGCCUUUGUUUUAGUGCUGUAUUUUAUGCCUUUGGAACUUUCUUUGUUUGUCCAACGUCCUUGGAACGCAUCCCACGAGACGUCGGUUCUGUCGGUGCGGCUAGCUUGUGGACAGGUUUGAAGGUUGGCAGCUCCAGGCCCAUCAUCUUCUCUUAGCGGGAAGGAAGGUGCCGGAGCAGGAGAUUGAAGAAAUGCGUGAGGAGCGUUCUGCAGAGUCAGCGGUGAAUUGCGGCUGCUGACUUGGCCUUCGUUGGCUUCGUGCUUCCCUGGCACCCGAUCAAAGAGCUUGGGGCUGAUCCGUUCGUCUUCCCAUUUCCACUGCUCAAGUUUCAAUUCUCAAGUUUGCCUUAAAGUGCAACAUAUUUUCUACACUUUUACACUUGUUUUUCGCUUUAACUGCCAUUAUUUUUGUUAACUUUUUCAUACAGCAAGUUUGUGCAACAAAUACUGUUUGAGUUCGCUAGUUUUUGUUAACAUAAGUGCCUCUAGUCUAGUGUUACUAAAUUAACAUAAAUGCCUCUACUGUUAUUCAACGAUUCAGUCUGAACAAUAAAUCCGCCUUGCAGA